AUGAAUGGCGUCAUCAGCAUUCAGCUGCAAAGCUCCUCUGCACUGCUUUCACUUAAUUCACCUCCAGCGUGGACACUCAUAAAGCUUGUGAAGCCAACUUUUCCACCACAGAUCGUACAUCAUCUGCCGGGGAAACUGCUGCCCUCCACCUGGGGAGCAUGUUCACAUCUUCUUACCCGCCACCAUGACUGGACGCAGCAGGCAGGAAGAAAACCAAACCCUACACAGAUCAUUCUUUGCAAAGAGAAAUCAAACAUGGCAAGGAAGCUAAGAGAGGGGCCGGGCCGGGGGCAGGGCGGUGCAGUGCAGCGCAGCCCCGCGCCGCUUUCCUUAACCCGGCAACAUCUCAUCCGCUCCAUUAACGACCCCGAGCACCCCCUCACCCUGGAGGAGCUGAACGUCGUCGAGCAAGUGCGAGUGAAAGUGAAUGAUGCAGAAAGCACGGUGGCAGUGGAGUUCACGCCCACCAUUCCUCACUGCAGCAUGGCAACGUUAAUUGGCCUCUCCAUAAAGGUAAAAUUGAUCAGAUCUCUGCCUGAGAGAUUUAAGCUGGAUGUUCAUAUAACACCAGGAACACAUGCCUCUGAGCAUGCAGUUAAUAAACAGCUUGCUGAUAAAGAACGUGUGGCAGCUGCUUUGGAAAACUCUCACUUACUGGAAGUGGUGAACCAGUGUUUGUCUGCUCGAUCAUAAUUGCCCAAUGAGGAAAUCGUUGGUAUUCUGCUAUGUUAAACUCAUUUUGUAUAUAAGUGGUGUUGCUGGUGUUACACGAUACAUAUAUCUAUGAGCAAAAUAAAGUCACUUGGAUUUUAUUAAAGAAA